CCCUUUGUCACCCCAGCCUGAAGAACUCUAUCUUAUCAGCCAAUCACCAGAGCUUUGUGGUGGGAAUAACCUAACCAGAGUGCAGGCUGCAUACUUCUGUGGCAGCUCAUUACCUUCCCCAAAAGUCUCAUUGCUGGUGAGCCAUGGAGCUGCUUGUAAAUGUAAGAAAAUGGAUAGAAGAAAACAAAGCUGCUUUUUUGCCCCCCGUCUGCAAUAAGCUUAUGCACUGUCAGCAGCUGAAUGUGAUGUUUGUUGGAGGACCAAACCAAAGGAAGGAUUAUCAUAUUGAAGAAGGAGAAGAGUUAUUUUACCAAGUGGAAGGAGACAUGUGCUUGAAGAUAAUUGAAAAUGGAAACCACAGAGAUAUCCACAUCAGAGAAGGGGAGAUGUUUCUCCUACCUGCCAGGAUACCACAUUCUCCUCAGAGGUAUGCAAAUACUGUGGGACUCGUGAUCGAGAGGAAAAGGCUAAACACAGAAACAGAUGGACUCAGAUAUUAUGUUGGAGAAUCAACCAACGUCCUGUUUGAAAGAUGGUUUUAUUGUGAGGAUCUUGGCACACAACUUAUACCGAUAAUCCAAGAGUUUUUCAACUCAACACAAUAUCACACUGGAAAACCAAAUCCAGAUGAUCUCCUGAAAGACACCCCUUUCCCACUAAAUGCCACUGGAGUCAUGGAUCCAUUUCCCUUCCAAAUCUGGCUAAAUGAUCAUCGUGGAGAAAUAAAUCAGAAGAAAUCCUUGACCGUGUUUGGAGACAAUUUUGAGACAGAGGCUGUAGUUUAUGGACAAGGAGUAAGUGAAGGAAGCAAAACGAAUGCCGAUAUCUGGAUAUGGCAGCUGGAAGGCACAUCUGUUGUUACUAUGGAUGGUAAAACACUGAGUCUAGCUGCUGGUGACAGCCUGCUCAUCCCUGCCCUGUCUAGGUACCAUUGGAAGAGAGAGGAAGGAUGCAUUGCUCUUUACAUUGCUCAAGACCCAAUACACAAAAGACCCUAUGCCUAAUUUCUGGGAAUAUAAACUAAACAUUGGUGAUCAAAAACUUUAUCCCACAUAGAUAAUUUUAAAGAUGGUGCUGACAGGGCUACAGUAAACAACUGUAAACUGAAUUACAUGUCUAAUAAAAAGGUUACAAUUAAAUUUUGGUUUCAAGCAAUAGAUCCAAUUAAACGUAAAGCUUGCAUACUAUAGGCUGCACGAUAAACUGACAGCUAUGAGCUAUUUGGUUAAAACGCAGAACACUCAUUAUUCCAAAAGAAAUGUGAAACUGAUUUAAGUAAUGCAGUCAAAUAUACAGAUUUAUAUACUUGAUCUUGAAAGCUGAAGCUAGACAAAUUCAUCCUGGAAAUAAGGUGUACAUUGUUAACAGUGAGAGUAAUGAACCAUUGGAACAUGUACCCAGGGUUGUGAUGGAUUCUUCAUCACUGGCAAUUUUUAAAUUAAGACUGGAUGUUUUUCCAAAAGAUUCGUGCUAGGAAUUAUCUGGGGGAAGUUCUAUGGCCUGUGUUAUACAGGAGCUCCGACUAGAUCACAGUGGUCCCUUCUGGCCUUGGAACCUAUGAAUCUGUGAAUCCCAAUUACAGCAAAUUAAAGACCUUUCCAAAUAGGAGUCUCUUCUAGUAGCUCAAGGACUUCAGUGGGACGACUCAUGUGAGUAACGGUUCCCCACUGGGACCCAUAGGUGUGGCCCAAUGUGACUACAUUAAAGGAUUUAGAGCGAGACCAUACCUUUAAGUUACAAUCAUUUUGUGAGCUCAGUGGUGCACGUGUGAGAUAUGCAGCUGUCACAUACACAGUCCUGUACAGACAACUGCAGUGGGGUGCAAAUGGGGCCAUCACCCAGUCCCCACUUGCCAUUUUGCAGCAUAAGAAGGGGCUGGUCCUUGUACUCCUCUAACACCCCUUCAGAGACUGCAGUUGUAGCUGACCCUCAGUGUUCAUGUUUUCAAGUAAAUUAAAAGAGAUCAAAAAGAUAACAGUACAGCUUGACCUGAGCCUAUGAAAAUCUGGUAGGGAACAUAUCAUGCAUAUCAUGUAAUACUUCAUACAACAUACAGUAUUGUAUGUAUAUCCACUCAUAUUGUGGCAAUAUGACUCUAAAGCACACAGAUAGGUCUGCUUGUAGUUCUCCAAAUGCCAAAACCUCAUUUUAAGGUGACCAGCUAUUCCUUCGAAAACCUGAAAGGGAUACCCCCCGCUACUCCCCACUUGAUUUUUACUUUGGAAAUAUCGGGCAUGACAAGUGGUUUUCACUGGUUUCCUCUGGGGUCUCAAAGAUUUUACAUGGGCCUGCAUAUUGGAUCCUUUUACUACUGAAACAUUGAAAAACAAGUUAGUUAGAAAGGUGGUGUUACCAAAUCUUAACAUUUGUAUGUUUGUGAAAAUCUAAAAUUACUGUAGCUUGAAUAUUUCCAAUUAUACUAAUAAUGUAAAUUAAAAACAGACUGUUCCUGCCUAUAGAUUUUCAGUAUUUCUGCCUACCACCUACAGGGCUUAUUAAACUGAGCUGUCAUAUCUCUUUUAUGCUAUUAUUCAUUCCUUUGGGGAGAAGAUGUCAGAUGGAAUGACUUUAAUCCUUAACUCUUAUGGAAGGCUCACUCUAGAAGCUUUUCCAUUAGAGAGUACAACAGAACCUAAUUCCCACUCACAACUGUGAGACCCAUUGUGAAUAACUGAAUUUGGCUAAUUAGGGUCCAGUCCUGCUGUGCUUGCACAUGUGAGUAACUUUAACCAUAUGAAUAAUUCCCAUUAAAUUCAUAGGAAUUACUCAUGUGACUAAAGUUAUUCACAUGGUUAAGCGGAACUAUCUCCUCAGUGAGUAAGGGACACUCCUGCUCCUACUGAGGUCAAUGGGAGUUUUGGCACCAUCUUCAAGCAGGACUAGGAUUAGGGUCUGACCCAUAAGGUGUUGAGUAUUGAAGUCAGUAGGGGCAGAGGGUGCUCAUCACCUGGCAGGAUCAGGGCAUGAGUGAUCAAACAACAAGUAAAGCAAGAUAAUCAAUAAUGUAUGCUUGAGCCUGCUCAAGCCUGGGAGAAAGAUUAAACCCUGUAUGUACCUUUUUAGAUAUUGUAAUGUUUUAAAUUGUUUUCAUUAUAGUAUUUAGAAAUAACUUCCUUAUAUAUUUUUGUCUUCUUUUAUAACAACAAUGGAGCCAGAUCCUUCACUGAUGCAAAUUAGCAUAACUUCAUUGAAGUCUGUGGAGUUAUGCCAUUUAUACCAGUUGUCCAAUUAAGUCUUAAUUAUAUAAGUGCUCAUGGCAUCACUGUGGUACUAAACUUGUUAAAAUGUGGGGACAAUUAGAAAGAGUGCUGAUUGGCAAGAUUCUGCUGAACAUCGGCAUCUGAUCAUAACAAACAGCCUGGUCCCACUAAGCAACCACUGCGAUAAAAAGGAGUAAUCCCCAGCACAAUAAGGAAGUCACAAGUACUCACCAAUGUUUUCCAGUCUAUUGGAACAGGCAUAGCGAGAAAAUUUUCAGUGGGAGAAGCAUAUGUUUGGCCCAGUGAAAUUAAAGUGCAGUACAGUUUUAACCAAUAAAAAGAAAUCAUUCUCUAUGCAACAUGUAGAAUUCACUGAUAAAUAGUGGAGCCUGAUUUUAAAAAACACAGGAUAAUUUUAUCAUUAAGAACAUUUUUACUUGAGCUAUGACUGGUUUAAGAGUAACCAAAUCUCAUGUUUCAGUGCAUAAACUGAUUGCUUGUAAAGGAUCAGGAAGGAAUUCCUCCUUCUUGAACAACAAUACAAGCAAGGGUGAAUUUUACUACUUCCUCUGAAGCAGGGGUAGUCAAUAGGCGGACCUUGGGCCAAAUCUGGACUGCCAGAUGCCUUUGAAUGGGCCCCAAAACCUUUUUAUUUACUACUUAUUAUCAUCAUUUUUUUUAUUUUCUUCUCUGGAGUCUGGACCUUGACUAUACCUUGACCAAGAAAUUU